UUGUCAAUCAGCAUUGUCAAUUUUAGGCACACCUUUGAAGCAGCACCGGUGUUUUGCCUAUGUGAGAAAGAGGUAGUUCGGAAACUUCUGGAAGUUUGCGGCUUUCACGAAGGCGAUGGCAUUUUGUGCCCCGUACUCUUGCUGACGAUUCAUCGUUUAGGUGGAAGCCUAGCAAACAUGUACGGUUUAAACUUAGCCAGGUUCCACUACGACUCAAAAUUAAAAAGCAGCGGGAUGUUCGGUUGUCGCCGUUUGGUGAUUUUCGCUUCAGAGCAGGCGCACUACUCGAUCAAAUGUGCCGCAGGGUUUAUGGGAUUUGGAUCAGAGUCGAUCGACAUUGUUCCCUGCGCCGAAGACGGAUCGAUGAUUGCAGAAGAAUUGGAGAAACACAUCACUUCGAUUAUCAAUUCCGAAAAUGCCCAACCUCUGUGUGUUUGGUGCACCUCCGGUACGACCGUGUUGAACGCAUUUGACCCGAUCGACAAAAUUUAUCCGAUAUGCCAACGCUACAAAAUUUGGCUUCAUGUUGAUGCAUGCCUGGGUGGCGCAGUUCUUCUCUCAUCUAAGCACAAGUACUUAAUGGCAGGAGUCGAAAAUGCUGAUUCUUUGGUAUGGAACUGGCACAAACUUUUGGGCAGUCCGCUGCAGACCUCAGUGUUCUUGUGUAAGCACAAGGGUUUGCUAAAAAAGUGUCACAGCGAACAUGCCUCCUACCUGUUUCCUGACGAGAAGCAUUAUGACACCAGUUUUGACAUCGGAGAGGCCAGCAUCCAAUGCAGUCGCAAGCCGGAUGCACUGAAAAUAUGGCUGAUGUGGAAGGCGCACGGUAAAAUCGGCUUACAGCAUCUGAUUGAUCUUGCGGUGGACAACGCACAGGCAAUUGCCUCGAAGAACUUUGCUUCAGACUUGUUUUAUUUUCUGCCGAAUGUCACAUGCUGGCGCAAGAUCGAGAACGUGAAGACACCGUGCUCUCUCCGCGACUCGGCUAUCGCCACUACCGUCUGCUUUUGGGUGAUUCCUCCACGACUGCUUAACUGUUCUCGUGACGAGGAGUUCUGGAAGGAAAUAGACAAUAAAAUGUCUGGCUUGGAUGCACUGCAAGAAAGACUGGCACGUUUGGAGCGAAUCGUGGGCAGAAUCGACCCAAAUGGUGGCCGCCCCGCUCUCUUUAGCAUGUUGUGCCAGAUCCAAAGCAAGGUCAACGCGAUUUAUGAAGAGCGGGCAAAGAUUAAAACGCUAUCAGACAUUGUACUUCAGUUCGAAGAUAUGUUGAAAGGUGAAGGCCUGGAUGCGGUUGUUCCGGACGAAGAACUUAUGAUCAGGCUGUGUGAAGCGGCCGUACCUCGACUAGAAAAGGAUGCAAAGCUUGUGCAAGAAAUGAAGUUGUUAGAGCCAGUACUAGAUUCAGAGCCCAUAAAAUCCAUACCAUCGCUGUAUCCAAAAAUGCUGCGUUUAUUGACGUUGCAGGAAGCCCAGCUUCAGGAAGUUCGAAAGCGAUCUUCGAAAAUUGAUGCUCUCAUUCAGCGAUAUAACAUCUUUGUUGAAUGCGUCGAAAAGCAGUUUCUUCUCUGGGACGCUCGUUUACGUAAAUUGGAGGCGUUGAAUAAAGGAGACGUGGAAGAUUCUUUGGACAUUGCCUCGUAA